AAUGAUAACCACUUUUUCGAAUUAUUAAAUUUGAUGUACUUUUCAUUUAAGUAAAUGUAAGCGACGAUAAAAAUAUUAAACUUUAUAAUAUUUUUAGUUUUUAAUUUCUAAACAAUAUUCUUAGAAGAUUAUUUAAUUCAAUAUUUUUUUUCAUUUUAUAACUGUCGUAUCAUUUGAUCGAUAUUCAGAUACAGAGUUUACGGUUAAAACCCAAUAAAGAUUUGAACGGCUACGACAGUGCUAACUGCGGUGACUGCUUGCGACAACAUAGCAAUUAAUUAUCAUUACGUUACUACUGUAGUUAGUUAUAUUAUUGUAAAAGAUACGUGAAUACGCUCGAGUAGCGCAUAGAUGGCAGCACGUAUUACACAAACGCGUCGCAAUAAAAACACGUCGCUGGAAAACUUUGGCUCGUAGUCGUGUAUGUUUUAAUCUUUAUUAAAUAUCAUAAAUUGAUAUUCAAUAUCAAAAUUGACAAUUUAUUUACAUACAUGGUAAAAAUAUUACGUAUAUAGUUAAGUUUUAAAAAUACCUAAGUACCUAAUAAAUCGAAUUCAUGACUCCUAUUAAGAUGGAAAAAUAUCAAUGGAUUAAUCCAGAUAACCAUAGUAUUGCUGUUGACGACCAGAAACAACCAGUUUUAAAUGAAAAUGGUGAUCUUAUUGUGUUGGACAACGAAAGCGGAAAGUGUAUAGCAGUUCCUAACUCUGAGGAUGUAUUAGAAAUUUUUGGUUUCGGGUAUCAUGGGGGCUAUGGGUCACCCCCCGGGUCGCCAAAAGAUUCGCCUGAACAUGAUAUGAAGCCAAUUGUCCAAGUCUUGACAGGCCCUCUGAUGCCCAGUAAUAGUUUUUCAAAAUCGUAUUUCACUGACGGGGUGGAGGAGACAUCCGACGCCGAUCAACUACUGUGGAGCAUGAGAACGCCGUGCCAGAAGGAUAUUGAAGCGACCAGAGAGAUGCUGGCGCUAGUGGCUUCUAAAAAAUACCAGGAUAUGUUCAACGACCAAUGUACGGUCAAGAUUCGGGUGUGGAAACGAAUUUGCGAGGAACUUAUGUCGAAAGGGUACAGAAUCGCGGACUCAGUGAACGAAGGAGGCAUCAAGUGUCAUCAGAAAUGGCGCAACCUGGAGAAGUCAUACAGGAACUAUUUAAUUAGCUCGACAGAUCCGAACAGUUCGGCGCCUAAAAAGCCGCCGCCAUACUUCGAGGCGCUGCACGACAUCCUCAAACGGAAGAAAAAGUACGCGAACGCGGCUACGUAUACGCAGACCGUUGUGGUCGGCGACGACAUGACAGAACCUGACGCAUCGAGCAUCAGCGGCAUGCAUCACAUGAACGACUCAGAUGCGGCACUGGACGACAUGGACGACACGGACGGUCCGAACGACGACCACUGUUACGUGGUCAACAGUUCUGGUCACGUGUCCAAGCGGUUCAAAGUGGACCCGCUAACCAUGUGCUCGACUACCAGUGGCGGUAACGGCGGUGGCGGCGCCGGCGUCGGUUCGUCGUCGUCGUCCCGCCGACAUCAUCACGUCCAGCAACCGGACGUGUUGGAACAGAUACUGGAACAGAUUAUACGAGUGCAACGGGACACGUUGUCCAUGAACGAUCGGCACUACGCCAGGAUGGAGAAGCUGAUGAAGGAGAACGCGGCACAGACUAAGCGUUUGGCCGACGUCAUGAGCCAGUUGUUGCAUAGCAGUCGGGUGGACGAUUGCGGCAACGGCAAGAACAACGAUAAGUCGACUGGCAUGACGUCGUCGGACGUUGAAUGAUUAUUUGGUUCCGCGCGGCUCUUAGCAUUAUUUUUUUAUAUAUAAAAUGUAUAAUAUUGAAUUCCACGGAUAACGGACACAGUGCUGACUGAGAACGUCACACCCCUUACCGACCUUUUCGUAUUUUUUUCUUUUUCGUGUAUUGUACCGAAUUGUGUACCUACGCAUUUUAAAGAUUUCCCUUUGACCACCAACCCAACCACCCAACCCUAUUAAUUUAAACUCCUGAAUUGUUUUUAGUGUAAUUUGAAAGUUUCUUAAAUAAUAUGUUAUGAUAAAUACAUGUACGUAAUUAUAUAAUAAAAUAUAAUUAAAUGAUUAAGUGUCGUUCCCUUCUCAUGUAUUUGUAUAAAGUAUAGUCCCGUGCGUGGUUUUUGUUGUGUUCAGAAUUUUAUUCUCCUCACAUGUAUAAUCCAUAUUAAUUAUUAGUUAUUUGAAACCAUUAUACCUAUUAUAUUAUGAUAAUAAAAGCAUUAUUAUAUUA